AGGGUGCACCUGUCUAUAGGUUCUUCUGUAUAGUUGUCCGUAGGAGAGGGUGCACCUGUCUAUAGGUUCUUCUAUAUAGUUGUCCGUAGGAGAGGGUGCACCUGUCUAUAGGUUCUUCUGUAUAGUUGUCCGUAGGAGAGGGUGCACCUGUCUAUAGGCUCUGUCCUGUGUAUAGCUGUCUAUAGGCUCUUGUAUAUAACAGUCUAUAAGGGAGGGUACCCGAGUAUAUAGCUGUACACCUUCAUGUAGAGACUGAACUAGUCCUGAAGUCUUGGCCACACAGUAUAUCUGGGUGUACAGAUUGGGGGGUGAUCCCAGGUUUAUCGAUCACAGACGCCAUGUUGCACUCUAUCCAUGCCAACCGCCUGGUGUCAGCGCUGUCCGGGAGCAGCGUGCUGGUGAAGUGCCUGUGGGGGGCUGUUGUGCUCCUUUACCUUCUCUCUUUCUGGGUGGACACUGCUCAUGUACUUGCCAUCACCCCAGGAUUUUUGUUGCCCCCCAACCUCUGGUUGUGGACUUUGGUGACUCAUGGACUGGUUGAACUGCACCUAUGGGACGUUCUUGCUAACCUCCUGCUAACACUGGGGGCAGGGCGCAGACUGGAGCCGCUAUGGGGGGCCCCGGAGCUGCUCCUGUUCUAUGGAGUGGUCAGCCUGUCUGUGGGGGUCCUGAGCUCCCUCUUCUUCCUGGUGGCCUAUGCCACAACCUCCGACCUGCACUUUCUGUUCUCUGCCCAGGUCCAUGGGUUUCCAGCCUUCGCUGGCGCUGUCCUAGUGGCGCAUAAACAGACGAUUGGAGAUGGGCUGGUGGAGCCUCAGCGCUGGGUGCGGCUUCUACCUCAGCUGGCAUUGCUGGGGGUCACGGCCUUGACAGUGGCUGGGCUGAUCCCUGGUCAGGUGCUGGUGGGGUACAGUCUGGGGAUGCUGUCUGGCUGGGUGUACUUGCGGUUCUACCAGAGACACAGCCGUGGACGAGGAGACAUGUCUGACCACUUCUCCUUUGCCAGUUUCUUCCCGGCACCCCUGCAGCCUGCUGCUGCUCUCCUAGGAACCCUAACACAUGCCACCCUGGUCAAACUGCGACUCUGCCCGCGAGCUGUCAAGAGGUACGAUGUGGGGGCCCCAUCCUCAAUCACCAUCAGCUUACCGGGCACUGACCCCCAAGAUGCCGAACGGAGAAGGCAGCUGGCUUUAAAGGCUCUGAAUGAACGGCUGAAGCGAGUAGAAGACCAGACAUCAUGGCCAAGCAUGGAGGAGGAAGAUGAAGAUGACAUGUCACGUGAGGCAUCCUUCAGCAGCAGUAGUAAAGCGGAUACGUCUGCCACCCAGGAGACAAGUGCAGCAACACCCAUCGUAUAACCCUCCUGUGGACACUGUCUACUGUCGGCCAGCUUUGAUCCAGCUCCCAGCAUUUGGUGAAUGCCUCGUGGUGAUCUGGAGGAGCAGAACCAUUAAAACACUACACAUCCUCUCCCAUAGGGUCCUUUACCUUCACUGUUGGUAUUGUUUGCACGGUGGAUCCCUCAGACUCCUUGUGGGACCCUUCCACUCUCUGUCUCGAUUCUUUACUGUUUCAGCUCUCCUCCCGCUACACUUCACCUCAUAGCCAAGCUCGAUCAACGCCAUCUACAGACCCAAUACCCACUAGUAACACUACCAGCAGGUACCAUCACAAGCCAGGACGAAGAAGCACUUUUGUAUGGGAUGUGCCAUCACUAUUGAGGAGCCCUUCACUCCACUUCUAUGUGCCUGGAGACAGUAAAAGUGGAUGAGACAUUUGUGGUUGCUCUGCAUUAGGGAGCAGUAAUCAGCUGGACCUUGGAAAAUAUUUUUUUUUUCUUUUCUUCAAGGAUAUUACAUUUUUUUGUCCCGGGGACGUAAAUGUUGAUAUUUUUCUGUCUGAAUUAAACUUUUGUUUUUGAAAUGAUGUGUGUGUGUGUGUGUCUGAACCCCCCCCCCCAAGGAAUAACACACACACGAGUGAUCACGUAGUGAUCUCUACGGCUGCUGCUUUCAUGAAUGGAGGCUUGGGAGAUCCAUAUUUCUGUACAGGCCUGUCCAUACCACAAGGAGGGAAUAUGGGGGGAAUUUAUCAGUGCUUUCACACGAGCACGUAAAAAAAAAAAUGAAAUCUCUGUGUUGAAUUGCGCCGGAAUAUUCUGCACGGACAUUCUGCUGCAGCAGAGUCCCAUUGAUUCUGCUGCACUGUACAUGGUGAAAUAUCCCUAACCUAGCGCCCCCUAAAAGAACAGACUUGUCUAAUUUAUUUAGCAAAGUUUCUCGGAAAUGCAUUGCCGUCUAUAAGAUGGAGCCGAGUGGUCCUUGCGCCCGUCAGAUUAUUAAAAUGUGCAGAAUGUCUGCAUGUGUUUUCUCUGCGGACAUUGGCCCAGAUUUAUCAAACUGUGUGAGAGAAAAAGUGGAGGGAUUUUCCCACAGCAACCAAUCACAGCUCAGCUUUCACUUUACCAGCUGUGAUUGGUCGCUGUGUAAAAAUCACUCCACUUUUUCUCUCACACAGUUUGAUAAAUCUGGGCCAUUCUGUACAUUUUAGUCUGUGUAAACAUGGCCUUACUGUGUACAUUGCUUAUUCCAUAAUUAUCUUGAGUUAUUCCCUCUAAUGUACCCCAGAGCUGCACUUCUGCUGGUAAAGUCACCCAAAACCCUGACCAAACGUUUUUAAAAUUGGGUUCUUCUAAAGAGGGGUGAUCUAACCCUAAACUUAAAGGGGUAUUCCAGGCAAAAACUUUUUUUUAUAUAUAUAUCAACUGGCUCCGG